CCAUCCCUUGGUUUCUGUCAAUUUUUACACAUUUUGGUAUAAGCAAACGCAAAACAAAUCAUUUAAAUCCAAUCUAACCAGGAAUGGAUCUCAAUAUGAAGCCUUCACUAGCUGCAGAUGAGAUGUUUUCAGAGGGCCCCGGCUACAUGGAAAUGGACGAGUCGGGCGGAGCUACUGGCAUGAUGAUUGAUCAUCUUCCCACCAAUGACAAACAUGUGCAUGCGGAUUUUUACAACAAUUUCGAUGAUCUGUUUGAUGAGGACAAUUGGGCCAAAGUCAAGCAAACUGGCGACAAUCCCAAACCAUAGGUUAAGCACUGAAACUUUGUAACGUUGGGCAUCCCCAAUUGGCAGAUAGUACAUAUGUGGGAGUAUAUUAAAAGGGAUAUGUUUUAGUUUAGUUCA